AUGGGGCUCCUCGAAGACUUUGAAUUACGGGAGUCAUUGACGAAAAGACCUCCCAAGAAUAUGAGGCAACUUAUGAGACGCAUAGAGGAGUACAAACGCUUGGAGGAUGAUCGGCUGCAGAACAGGGGGAAAGCUCCGUUACUCGGGAGAUCUCGGCAAGGCGUUGUGCCGGCAAGACCUAAAAAGGACUUCAGAAUGCAGGAACCAGAGGUGCAAAUUGAAGGAGUUAAUGUGGCGUUCAAAGAGCCCGUGCACAAAAUUUUAGAUUGGAUCAAGAACGAGUCAUUCUUCAGGUGGCCAAACAAAAUGGGGGGUGACCCAUCUUGGAGGAACCAAAACCUAUACUGCACAUACCAUAGAGACAAAGGGCACACUACCGAGCAGUGUCGGGUACUAAAAGAUCACCUCGGGCAGCUAGUAAGGCAGGGUACCUGA